CGCGCGGGUCCUGCUGGGGACAUGUGUAGCCUUCCCGUGGCACAUAGGAGUCGAAGCGCUUCAUGACGCCCUGCACCCUGGUGUCUUUGGAUUGGCUACGGCGCUCGCAUUAGGCAAAGUUUCUCCCAGAAGUCUGAGCGGCAGAGUGAGCAGCAGCGGCGCCAUGUUCUGCACGAAGCUGAAGGACCUGAAGAUCGCAGGGGAGUGUCCUUUUUCCCUGCUGGCCCCAGGUCAGGUGCCACGGGAGCCCUCAGAGGAGGUGGCCGGAAGCUCUGAGAGCAGCGAGGGCACGGCGCCCGUCUGCCAGGAUGUUCCUGAGAAGAAUGUGCAAGAAAGUCUUCCUCAGAGAAAGACCAGUCGCAGCCGGGUCUAUCUUCACACUUUGGCAGAGAGUAUUUGCAAACUGAUUUUCCCAGAGUUCGAACGGCUGAACCUCGCACUUCAGAGAACGCUAGCAAAUCAUAAAAUAAAAGAAAGCAGGAACUCCUUGGAUAAAGAAGACUUGGAGAAAAUAAUUGCAGAGCAAGCAAUUGCAGCAGGAGUUCCUGUGGAGAUCAUCAGAGAGUCUCUGGGUGAAGAGCUUUUUAAACUAUGCUACGAAGAAGACGAGCACAUCCUUGGUGUGGUGGGUGGCACCCUGAAGGAUUUUUUGAAUAGCUUCAGCACCCUUCUGAAGCAGAGCAGCCACUGCCAGGAGGCAGAGAAAAGGGGCCGGCUGGAGGAUGCCUCCAUCCUAUGCCUGGAUCAGGACCACGAUUUCUUAAAUGUUUACUACUUCUUCCCCAAGAGAAUCACGUCCCUGAUCCUGCCCGGCAUCAUUAAGGCAGCCGCUCACGAACUGUAUGAGACCGAAGUGGAGGUGUCCCUGGUGCCUCCCUGCUUCCAAAGCGACUCCAAUGAGUUUGUCAACCAGCCCUACUUGCUGUACUCCGUGCACGUGAAAAGCACCAAGCCGUCCCUGUCCCCCGGCAAGCCCCAGUCCUCGCUGGUCAUCCCUGUGUCGCUUUUCUGCAAGACAUUCCCAUUCCACUUCAUGUUCGACAAAGACCUCACCAUUCUGCAACUCGGCAAUGGCAUUAGGCGGCUGAUAAGCAGGAGGGACUUGCAAGGGAAGCCGCAUUUCGAGGAGUACUUUGAGAUUCUGACCCCCAAGAUCAACCAGACCUUCAGUGGGAUCAUGACAAUGCUGAACAUGCAGUUUGUCAUCCGAGUGAGGAGGUGGGACAACUCCGUGAAGAAGUCUUCGAGGGUGAUGGAUCUCAAAGGCCAAAUGAUCUACAUUGUUGAGUCCAGCGCAGUGUUGUUCUUGGGCUCGCCCUGUGUGGACAGAUUAGAAGAUUUCACGGGACGAGGGCUCUACCUGUCCGACAUCCCCAUUCACAACGCACUGAGGGACGUGGUGCUGAUCGGGGAGCAAGCGCGCGCACAGGACGGCCUGAAGAAGAGGCUGGGGAAGCUGAAGGCCACCCUGGAGCAGGCGCACCAUGCUCUGGAGGAGGAGAAGAAGAAGACGGUAGACCUUCUGUGCUCUAUAUUUCCCUGCGAGGUGGCACAGCAGCUGUGGCAGGGGCAGGUGGUGCAAGCCAAGAAGUUCAGCAACGUCACGAUGCUUUUCUCGGACAUCGUGGGGUUCACGGCCAUCUGCUCCCAGUGCUCGCCGCUGCAGGUCAUCACCAUGCUCAACGCCCUCUACACUCGCUUUGACCAGCAGUGUGGGGAACUGGACGUCUACAAGGUGGAGACCAUUGGUGAUGCGUACUGUGUGGCUGGGGGGCUGCACAGAGAAAGUGACACGCACGCUGUCCAGAUAGCACUCAUGGCGCUGAAGAUGAUGGAGCUGUCUGAUGAGGUCAUGUCUCCGCACGGAGAACCCAUCAAGAUGAGAAUUGGACUGCAUUCUGGAUCAGUGUUUGCUGGAGUUGUUGGAGUUAAAAUGCCCCGUUACUGUCUUUUUGGAAACAAUGUCACUCUGGCUAAUAAAUUUGAGUCCUGCAGUGUGCCACGGAAAAUCAAUGUUAGUCCAACAACCUACAGAUUACUCAAAGACUGCCCUGGCUUUGUGUUUACCCCUCGGUCCAGGGAGGAACUUCCACCCAACUUCCCCAGUGAAAUCCCCGGAAUCUGCCAUUUUCUGGAUGCUUAUCAUCAAGGAGCAAAUUCAAAACCCUGGUUCCAAAGAACAGAUACUGACGGCGGCAAUGCUAAUUUUUUAGGCAAAGCUUCAGGCAUAGAUUAGGAAGAGACGCGCUUGUUCCUUCGUCUUUGGGGUCCAACUCCUUUGAGGAUGUGUAGAACCUCUGAAAGCACUUUAGGAUGAUGGAAGGCUCGUGAGCAGCAUUAACAUUUUAGGAGUGAACUCACAGUUUACUCUCCCAGUUAACGUGACAAAAAUGUAUUCACUUCACUUCAACUUUUCUGUCUAGGGGAAACCUCAGAAUGUGACUUUGGGGGCAUAUUCUGUUCUGUAACAACCACUUCCUGCCGCGCUCAGAAUUCAGCAUCGUGUACAUACACCGGGUCAUCGUCCUCAGCUGUGCGGAGUGGCUGGUCACCCACUGUCGCAUGCCAGGUGCAGUGGCGUGGUUCCUGGAGUGUGGUCCUGGUUGUGUGGCCGUAGAGAAGCUUUGCAGUAGAACCUGCAGUGCUCAGCACUGUCAGUUCUUUCUCUCUUAACUCCACAGUUCAUUUUAUUUCCUCAUUUAGCAGUUAGCAUAAGUAACAAAGUAGGCUGAGCUAUUUUUUCCUUUUUUCCUCUUUGUUGUUGUUUUUGCUCCGUUUUUAGAAAAUAAGCAGCUAGAGGUUAGAUGCAACAUGAUAUAAAAUAGUACUUCUGUAAAUGUCAAAGAAUAGUAUCAGUUUUAAAGUUAAAAAUAUUCUCCAUAACACAAUGUGUCAUAAAGUAAAUAUAUUCCUUGUGUUGACAUUUACUAUUCUUUGUUCUCCACAUGGUAAAGCCCGUUUCAAUUGACGUUAGCAAGUAGAUUCCUAUUAGUCAUUUAAGAAUCAUAAUUGUAAAAAUAUUCAGGAUAAAAAAGGUUUAUUGGCUAUGUUUAAAUGCAAUAAUAUUCUAAUUUAAUUUAGCCAGAAGUGAAAUGGGAUUAAAGUAUCCGUCCAGGAAAUGUACCAUAAGUUAGAACAGUAAAGCCUUCAAAUAUACACACACAGGUACAAACACACAGAGAAAAUAAUUUGGACCUCUUUCACAGAUGUUCUGCACUGCCAUUCUGAGCCAUGUAAGUUUUUAAGAAGAAAAUCUAAUUCCAGAAGUGAAAAAUAAGACUGUAUCAUUUUUCUUAAAUACUAUGCUGAACAUUUUCGUGUGUGUGUAGGUACCAGGAAUCAAGAUUUUGUGUUAGUGAGUAGAUAUCUGUGAACUUUUUAGUUGAAAUAUCUUGAUAGUAUCCUCGAAAGAGACCACUAGUGGUGGUAGAAGUGAGACAAAUUUCUGAACAUUUUUCUGGAGCUUGCACCUUCCUUCCCUCCUUCCUUCCUUCCUUCCUUCCUUCCUUCCUUCCUUCCUUCCUUCCUUCCUUCCUUCCUUCUGUCACAUGCUGGUUCCAUGCGUGGAACUUGGGGCUUUGUACAGACCAGGCAAGUGCUCUAUGACUGAGCUGCAACUUCAGCCCUGAAGUUUGAAUUUUUAUGUUAAAUGAUGUCAAUCUAAAUUCUUUUUUAAAAAUGUGCUGUUUGGUUUUGGAAAUGAUUUGAUUUUUAAAAGGAUCAAAUUUAAAGCAAGAGAAAGAUGAACAUUACAGUAUUUAAAUCAGUGUUAGCAAAACCGUAGAUGUGCUGACUUAUUCGGAGUUCUGUGACUGUCUCUGGUAGUCCCAAGCUAGCCAUGAUGUCAUCAGGAGUAAUAAUCACUAUUAACUGACCUCUAGCCUCCCAGGGUACUGUUGCAGAGAUUACAAUGAUUACUAAGCAACACAGGUACUAAAAGAUGAGAUGUGUUUCAUUACACACUCACCUUGUAAUUUCGGGGUACCAUAGCCUUGGGAAAAUAUAUUUUCACUCCCACAGUGAUAAGUUAAAAUAUUUAUGAGGAAAAUCAAAAUAUAAAUACUUUUUUGGUGAAACUGAACCUUUAUUACAAGUAAAACAAUUGGAAAUAUAGGAUAUUAGAAUGCAUAUAAUAGAAUGCUGUCUUCAUCAAAUGCAUGUUUAAGCAGACCCCAACUCAGUAAUAGAUUACGAUCUGAGAAUUCAGAAGUACCUUUCGGGCUGGAGUGCGGCCCCUGGCUGACCGCUGGCCUGUACGGGCUUGGUUCCCAGCACCUGCUGAAGCAGACGGUACCUUCCGUGUGUAUCUCAUGUACAACCACACGCAAAGACGAGAACAAAUGGGGAAAUGUAUAUGAUCUGGGCAAAGAAAGCUGUCUGAGAGUUCCUUGUACUAUUCCUGCAUCUUUUCUAUAAUUUUGGCAUUUUAUCUAAAUAAAAAUUACCAAAAAAUUGUGUUUUCCUAGAGAAAUUGUGUCAUCUGUGCCAGGUUCCCCAGCAUAGCCUACAGAGGCCCAUGCAUUAUGAAAAAUGAAAAUAAAAGAAGCAGCGAAGCUGGUUCA